UUCAAGGUACAUCUGACCGGGGCGACAAUACUUCAGCCAAACUGCUAUCCCAACAUUAUAGGAACAAACGAGCACACCCUAUAUUUGGGUGGACGGCCUUCUCACAACUUUAUCCCUGACCUGUUUGACUUCCUGUGUGACACUCUGACUGGUCAUGGACGUCUCCGACCCGCAGACACUCGGCUUCGUGGUCUUCGGAGGGUUCAUGUUCAUCUCUGCGGUGGGCAUCGCCCUCGUGUCCACGCUGUCCAUGAAGGAGACGUCGUAUGAGGAGGCGCUGGCCAAACAGCGCCGCGAGCUCGUCCGGACACGGCCGCAGAGAGCAGAGAAGAAGAAGAAGGACAAGACCUUGGAGAAGAAGAACAAAGCCAAGAAGAAGGAGGACCGGCCCGACAACAAGCUCUCAGAACCAGGCAGCGACGGUGGCGAGGAGCCGGAGGUGGCGGGUAGUCCCGAGCCAGAAUCUGAGCCAGAGCCUGCAGCUGAGCCUGAACCAGAACCAUCAGCUGAACCAGAACCAUCAGCUGAACCAGAACCAUCACCUGAACUGGAACCCACCACGGUCACCGCCGCCACCAUGGAGUCCCCUCCGGCGCCCUCGCCAAAGGAGAAGAAGAAGAAGUCGGCCAAGGUGGUGGAAACCGGUGCUAAGGAAGUUGUGGUCACGGCCUCGGCGGUGGACGUUCUCCUGGUGAACGCCAUCAUCGAAGUCACCAAAGAACCUUCUGCUGCUAAAACUGAAGAACCCAAAGAGACGGCGAGCAAGAAGAAGUCCAAGAACAAACCUGAGCCAGUGACCGACUCCUCCAUGAUGCUGCCGUAUGGCGAGCUCCUGGCUGCUGUGUCCAACGCGACGCUCAGCGACGACCAGACGCACAAACUCACGGAGGUCCUGAACCAGAAGGCCGGCGUUCGUCACGACUCCUGGCAGCUGGCCAAUCAGAGAGGAGACCCGUCCAGUCUGAAGAAACAGCUGGAGGAGAAGGACGGCGCCACCAACGCCAAGAACCGCCUCCGAGAGCUCGGCAAGGAACUCGGUGCAGAGAAAUCCAAGAUGGCGUCUUUGGAUGCCCGUCUGAAGGCGGAGCUUGGCGCUCAGGUUCAGAAGGUCGACGCCAUGCGGGCCACAAUGGAGACGGCCAACCAGGAACACCUGAGACAAACCCAGCAGCUCAACCAGAAGAUCGGGAGUCUACAGGAGCAGCUGGAGAACGGUUCCAACGCUCAGCUGGCCCGACUGCAGCAGGAGAACUCCAUCCUCCGGGACGCCCUGAACCAGGCCACCAGCCAGGCCGAGAGCAGACAGAAUGCAGAGCUGGCCCGUCUCAGGCAGGACUGUGUCCGUCUGGGUCGGGAGUUGACCGAGCGUACCGACGCUCUCCAGGCCGACGAGGAGCGCAGGAAGAACCUGGAGGCCAAGGUGGCCACCGCCGAGCAAGAGGUGUCCCGAUCCCAGCUGGUCCGUGACGACACUGAGCGCGCUCUGAAGCAGCGACUGGAGGACGUGCGGUCGGAGCUGAAAAUGUCGCAGCGGGAAGCUGCUGCCGUUAGCGACCUGAAGGGGGCCCUGGAGUCCAGAGACUCUGAACUACAGGAGCUCAAGAACCAGCUGGAGAACCAGACUGCUGUCCAGGAAUCAGGAAGUGAGACGGAGUCUGAUCAACCGUUUGAAAGUCUGGAGGAAGACUCUCAGCUGCUCCGUCUGGAGGAAGAACUUCAGCAGCUCAAAGAUGAACUUCAUCAAACUCACAUCGAGCUGAAGGACAAAACCACUUCAGAGCGUCAGAGCGAGCAGCGAGAGGCGGAGCUUAAAGCGGCACUGGAGACGGAGCUUCAGGCUUUACAGCGACGCUCCGAAGAAGAAGAAAACGUCUGGAAGACAAAACUGUCUGAAGCCGAGCGGCAAAAACAAACGGUCCUGGAUCAACUGAAUCUGCUGGAGGACGAAGUUCAGUCGAAGAGGACGGAGACAGAAGACACUCAGCAGGUCCGUCCUCUUGAGACUAAAGACGUCGAGUCUGUUGUGUCUCAGCUGAAGGAGCAGAUGAUGCUGCUGGAAGCUCAGCUGGAGAAACAGCUGGAGGAGGCGAGCGCCACCCAGAGCUGCAGUGAGGAGCUCGCUCAGGUGCGGUCUCAGAUGCAGCAGAUGUGCGUCCGGCUGCAGGCGGAACAGGAGCAGCGGCAGCAGCUGGACAGACAGCUGCAGCAGGCACAACAGGAAGUGAUGGAGAUGCAACAACAGGUGGAGGCUGAUCACAAAUCUGCUCCGCUCCAGGAGGAGGUGGAGGAGACGGUGGAAAGAAACCGGCCCCGGCUGGCACACAUCAGACACCCCGAGGAUUAUGGGAAACAGACGACUGAACUUCACUCCGUCCUGAAGCUGAAGUUUGAGGAAAUUUUCAAAUAG